AAAACUUGGAAACAUUAAUAAAGCGUGUAAUUCUAUUUUCUAAUAAUAUAUUGAAAAGUUAUAAAUAUUUCCUGUUGAAGUUUUAGUACGGUUUUGGUCCUUUUCGCUUUAAGGUUCUUUUUUUAUUGAAGACAAUUUUUUCUUUGCGGGCGAUAUAACUAGUUCUCUAUUUAUAAAAUACGAAAAAAAAAAAUUUCAGAAUCGAUUCAAUGGAUUCCUCAGAUUCGAUACCAGAUACGAGCGACAUUGACGCAGACGUAGCCAGUGAAUUUGUUGAAUUUACAGAUGAUAUUCCAAUUGAAAUCUAUCGUUGUCUGCGGUACGUUAGGAAAUAUGAAGACAAAUAUCAAAAGGAAAAUUCAAAUCUAAACCAUCUUGCUACGGAAGUUAGUCAAUGUUCCUUACCUGAUUUACCUGCCUUUAAAAAGCAAUUCGCAAAGUCCCUUUUACAUUCAGAUGAGUAUAUGCAACAAACCAAUGCUGAGGCCCAGAAACUUUAUGCAAACGUCCAUGCUGCAUAUGAACGACUAAACGAUAAAAUUCGAUAUUUGGAAAAUGAACGGCCUACAUCCUCAUCCUAAGUGAAGCAUAUUACAGACGAAUUUAUGCAUAUAUACCCAAGAAAUAAAUUACAUUUACUUAUCUUUUGUAAAAUUUCCGAUACUCACUAUUUUAAGACAUAUCUAG